GAAGUGCUUUCAUUGCACCGGAUGUACAAGUGCUCAAUGUGACCUGUGUGGCUAACGGCGUUGUGUUUAAUACUGUCUUCAAGGAGUAACUCACGACUUUACAAAAAUGUUUCUAACCACCGUCAAUUUGGCUAAGGCAAAAUCCAAGACCAUCCUGGUGCAGAUGUUGAGCGCUGCAGGGACAGGAUACUGCUUCAACACAAAGAAGAACCGUCUCAGAGAGAAGAUGGUGAUGCGCAAACAUGAUCCAUUCGUGAACAAGCACGUCCUAUUCUUUGAGAAGAAGAAGAUUCGAUCAAUUUAAUCAUCCAACCAGAUAUAUGGACAACAUAAACCUAAAAGGUUUAAACAGACUAUUUUUAUUGUCAUGGAUAUACAGACUGUCAGUCAACAUUUCCUUUUUGGCUGACUGAUCUUCGAAAGAUUCCCCCUGGAUGUGCAAAAAGCCUGCUAUUCUAUCCUCCACGCUGCAGCAGUCCAGAGUGAUGCAAGCCCCAGCUGGGCUUCAACAAAGUCUUGAUGAUCAACACUUUAAAGAAGAAACUAAUAGCGGAUGUUAUAUAUAGGGACCACCACAGCUGUCUUGAUAGAAUAUGUUUCCGUGGCUGUUCAGUGGCUCUGUACAGUGUGCGUCAUUGAUUUUGAUUUAGUCAAAUGUAGAAGGUAAACAUUUAAACCAGGUAAAUUUAUUUGAACCACUUCUGAAAAUAUCAUCUUUGUGGGUGAAUUCAAUAAAUUCUGUCAAUUAUGUGGCGUACAUCUGAA